AUGUAUCCUAUGUAUUGCUUCAAGUUUCCCAAACAGACCUGCAGAGAUCUGGACAGAAUGAUAGCGAAUUUUUGGUGGAAUGAGGGGAAAGAGGGAAGGAAGAUCCAUUGGAAGGCAUGGAGCUCUAUGACCAGAUCUAAGAAGGAUGGAGGAAUGGGAUUCAGGGACUUUGAAGCAAUGAAUGAUGCUUUAUUGGCUAAAACAGCUUGGAGAUUGAUGAACAAUGAAGAGGAAAUGUGGGUAAAGGUGCUGAAGGGAGUUUAUUACCCUAAUACUCCAUUUAUGAAUGCCAAAAUAGGCCAUAAAGCAUCUUGGCUAUGGUCCAGCAUUCUGGAUGGUAGAAAUUUGCUGAAGGAGAAUACUUUCUGGAAAGUUGGUGAUGGGAAAAGGGUAAAUGUGUGGUUUGAUAGAUGGAUACUAGAGAUGAAGAGAAGGUUAGCUGAUAUAGUGAAUGUCCCGGAAGAAGCAAAAAAGUGGAUCGUUUCUGAUUUGAUAAUAGAUGGCAGGUGGAAUAUGAGUAAUCUGCAACCUUUGAUUUUUGUGGAAAUCUUACAAAAAAUCUGUAGUAUUGGAUCUGAUCAUUUCCAAAGAACGGAUGAGCUUAUUUGGGAUAAAACAAAGAAUGGACUUUAUGUUGUGAAGAAAGGUUAUGUGGAGGCAAGGUCAAGAAGAAAUGUGAUUGAUGGUAGAGCGAGAAGCUCCUUCUCACUACCAAAUGAUAUAUGGAACUAA